UGUAGUUAUUAAAACAGAUCCAGCAAAGAAAAAUGAGAAAAUGGAUGAUCCAGUUUUUCUGGGUUGGAAACAGGUCAUCUUUUUCUCAUAGGUCAUUGUAGUUAUCAACUUAAGAGUCAAUAUUCAAUAAUAUGGCACAGGAAAAGUCCCUUAUCCUGGGCAAGUUCGGUUCUCUGCCAUAACUUGUUUAUCAUCUUAGUCCAAACUUUUCCAAAGUCCACAGUGUCUUCUUUAUUGUGUGCACAUUGUCAGUAAAAAAAAAAAAAAAACCCAAACAAACCUAAACCUACUUACAAUCCUAUUUUCCUCAUUCCUGAAACCUCCUAACCUGGUUGACUUGUUGGAGUGCAUUUCAUGCAUUCUUAGCAGAUAGGCUGAAGGAAACGCCUCAUUCAGCGCAGCUGGAGGCUAGAAAGUGUGGGGAGUUCAUGAGCAAGGCUUGUCUUCUGCUGCAGUUGCUGCAGUGCAUUCAGAGCUGCCCAGGCCCAGUGAGGAUCCCAACCUGCUGGACACAACAUGAGUGUCCCACAUCUGGAAAAUCUGACUGGUGUGACAGUGAGUUAAGGUAGGAUAAUUCUCUGACUUCCUCAAAUGUUCCCUUAUUUGAGAAAUAACUUUAUGAGAGAGAAUGCCUGCUUGUUAAAUUGUGGCUUAAUACUUGGGUAGUGGGAUUUUUUUGUUGGUGUUUUUAAAACUGGUUUGAGCUACAUGAAAUCAAGAAUGAAGAGUUCCCUGUUGGAUGCUCCAGUGGUGGGAAAUCAAUACUGCUGGCAAGGGUGGGGAAUGUGAAAAAUUUUGUAAGGUAUUAGCUCUUGUGGUGAGCUGUCAACAGCCACCAGUCAGCCUGUGUUGACCACGGGUCCUUGUCCACCUGAAGGAGAAAUAACUUGGACAAAUACUUGCACUAUUUUGCCAUUAUUAACCCAUUCUAAGAGGAAUGUGAUAUGAGCUGAGUCCAUUUCAUCCUGAGCUCCACUUCUACUCUAUUUUGACAAUGGUUUGUGGCAGACACAAGUUGGAAGGAUUUCUGCCUUUUGCAGGCUUUCUGCUGGAUGUUGGAAUAAUAGGAAGUUCAGGUAAUGAAGACUACAGUGUUCCAAAUUUAGGUCCUGUCUCCUGGGACGUUAGAAUCCUUAUGCCUGUAUGAUCACUUAGAGGACUGAGAUGUAACCUAGGGUCCUUUGGCUACUUGUUGGAAAGUGCAAGAAAUUUUUAAGGGAAUCAGUGGAAAAAGAGAUAGAUGAUCUUCAUUUCUUGAAAAUAUAUUAUUUUUCCAGCAAUUUAACUGGUCACAAUCACACAAGCUACUGCACACAAACAGUGCUAAAGGAGCUGAGAAUUAAUGUCCGGAUCUAGUUAAGCAUGUUAAUAAGGUGGUACAAAGACAUAAUAGCUUGUAACUGAGUGAAGAACAGGAAAAGUGAUCCUCUGGGCCAGCACUAAUGCUUUCUAAAUUGUAUGUUCAUGUGUAGUGCUGGAGCAGAGUAAGAAAAGCUGCUUUGCUUCUUGCUGUUGAGAUGACUUCUUGUCCAACCUCAGACCAUCUGGUUGCCCAUGUCUUUGCCAAGAUUCACUCCUCUGGUAGGAAUUUUCAAUGGCAAGUGUUGGCCCCCUGGCUGAGCAAUUGUAAAGUUCCUUAACCCAAAUAGCGGAAGGAUUUCUAAAACAAGACUGGGAAAAAACAGUGUCUCUUCCUGUGCUUGAAGUCCUUCCAGUUGUGUGGCUGGGUUGUGCUAGUUCCUGCUUCCCCUCGUGGGCCUUGGGAAGGUACCUGUAAAUUGGGAGGAAAUGUUUCUUUAAGUUUUCCAUGUUUGGGAAAGCUGGGUCAGUUUUGAAUUUGUGAAAGAUUGCAUUCUGAAUCAGAUAGUGUGACCUUGCAGUCCUGUUCCCACUGCUGUGUUUAGGUGAAUCUAGGAGGAUGGGGUAAAGCAAUAGAAAUUCUAAAAUAAGGACUAAGGAGCCCUUGAGUUUGGACAUGAGUUGGCAGUUGGUGACAGGAGAUUAGGGCUGGCUGAGCAAGUGACCAUGAGUCAGGGAGAAUCGAAGAGACCACAUGAUGGUGGGAGAUGGAAGUAACAAGCAAAACUAAACAUGGAAGCAGAUAAUAAACAUGGACAAGAAGUUUGUAGUUGAAGGCUUAAGCAUUAGAAUGGGGACAGAUUGUGGUUUGACAACCUUAAUCCUCAUAUUUCUUAAUAUCUGGAUACUUGUCUUGCAGCCUGAGCCGUUUUUUUCAUGCGUAAGAAAAUUCUGAGAAACCAUUUGAAGGUAGUUUUCACAGGCACUUCAGAGUAUCCUUUGAGACACAGAUGAGUGCAAUGUUUAUUAGGAAGCUUCUGAGGAUUGGGGAAUGUAUGACUAGGUGAGAAAUCAGAUAAAUGUGUUGAACUAGGUAGGUUAAGCAGUUCUGUGUAUUGCAGAGUUAGUUGGAUGGAAACACAUAUCUAAUGAUUCAUGAGGUUUUGUACAGUACAACUGGCUGUUGGCCAAAUGUUGCCCUGAUCUCUGAGAAAUAACUGCCUUCCUUUUGCUGUCAAGGUAAAUCAAUUAUACUAUGUAGUGUCAUGGGCUGACAAUGAGACUGGAAAAUUGAACAGAAAUGGAAAGCAUUUCACUGCAUCUGUAGCCUGAGCCAUGCUAAAUAUGAUUUUGAUUAGAGCAGGACUUGUGAGCUUUGGCUGGGAACUUAUUCCCUUGUGGCCAGAAACUGUUACAAAUGCAUGAAAAUGAUGCUUCUCUGGGAGAAGCAGUGACAUUCCUUGUCCUACUCUUACUGUAUCUGUCAGCAGAACUUUUUAAACAGAACAAAAAGGAGUGUUAGUCUUCUGUUGACUUCAUGCAAACCAUUUUUAGUGACGUUCCUGCCUUAAACCUGUAAAUUCUGUUUGACUCACAGUGUGUGUUUUAGCAGUCUUGCUUCAAAAUUUUAAGCAGCUGGCAGACCCACCAUGUUCCUAGGUGUAGCAACUAAUUACUCUUAGAAGUAUUUCUGUUUUGGAGAUCUGUGUUCAGAGGGAUUAAGGAACUGUUGGUCACUGAAAAUGGAGGAAACAAGGAAGCUUUUCCCAAAGCCAAGUAAAAGCAAAGAGCCUGUGAAAACAGAAUGGGGAUCUCAGAGUGUGGUGUUCACCUAUUUCCAAGGGGACAUUAACAGCAUGGUAGAUCAACAUUUUUCUAGAGCUCUCGGCAAUGCCAAGAACCCGCAAGAUCUGAGCAAAAAGCACAAGGUAGACAGCAUGUCUCCCCAUCAGUGGAAUUUUUCUUCACAUUGCUACAAACCAUAUCCAUCAUCUUCAACAAGCAUGGCAAAUUGUGCUCUGAAUUUUUCUGCUGCUAGUGUGGUAGGCCAGUGCCAGCCAUCAUCUCUGCGAAGUCGUCCAGCUCAACCUGCAGAGUUAUGGCCCUUCCCUCCAACUGGGACUCCCAGUGUCACUGGUUCUGUGUAUCCUCACACCCUCCCUGACCUGCAUGCAGCUGAUGAUCUGAUCUCUGACAGGAAAUACAGUUCUCUUCUUGGCCUUCUACAACAGGAAAGGUGCUUAACAUCCAUGCAAGAAUGCACCAUGAAGCAACACUCAAGUUCUGCUUGUAUGACUGGACCUGCGAGGUUACAAAAUAUGAGUCAAAGUUCAACUCCUGGGGAAGAGAGGAAAGCAAGCUCUUACCAAGGCUCAGAAAAUCCCAGUGUAAGCCAUGCCACUGCAGGUAUUCAGAUUCAUGACAGAAGACGAGAUUUGUACUUCUAGCAACUGAAUGUUUCUACUGUGUUCUGAAAGAGAAAGUUAUUUCUGUGAACUUUUAUUAUUUGCAACUGUGAAUCAAGAAGAAAUGAACUGCAGCUCUCCUAUGUUUUUUUCUUUCAGCUGGAAGAAUACAUGUAUUAUUUACUGUUUGGGGAAUGACAAAAUAACCCUUUUCUAAUAAUUUCUAAUGUUUGUGGUAUUAACCUGGCAGUAUAUUUGUUGUGGCAAUACAUUGUCUAUUUAAGGCUUUUCAUGUAGCCCUCUUGAAA